ACAAAUUUGAAGAAUAUUGCCGAUGUGCUAUAACCUCAAUGAAAACAAAAAUUGCAGUAGGAUAUUGUGAAUUUGUCACUUAAUUCGAAGAUUGUAACUUAAAUAUGGAUCUUACGCAAAUAAGAAAUUUUAAGGAUUUUUUACUCCUAUAUAAUCAAAUAUCUGAAACCUGUUUCAAACGAUGCCUGAAUACAUUUAUUUCAAGAGAAGUUUCAGCAGAAGAGGAUAUUUGUGUAAGCAAAUGCCUGCAAAAGCAUGUCCGUGCAAAUCAUAAAAUGAUGGAAAUAUUUAUGGAAGUACAGCCUGUUCUUAUACAAAAAAGAUUAGAAGAAGUUCAGCAAGCACAGGCAACUUUAGAAGAACAAAUGCAUAAAGAAGAGCCUGAGAAUAAGACAUAG